AUGAAUAAUGUUACACUGCAGAAUAAUGUUACACAGAGGUAUUAAGGUGGAGUAAUACAGACAACAAAAUAGCUGCAAUUUGCAACAAAAUCUGAUUUCAACAGAUGUUAAGUGGAGAUGUUGACACAUAACUUAAUACAAGUCAUAGAAAUGUUGACAGAUGUUGCCUCGUACAUGCGUUGAAAUCAGAUUUUGUUGCAAGUUGCAGCAAUUUUGUUGCUCGUAUUUACUCCAGCUUUACACUGAAUAUACAAAGACAAUUUAUAAGAAUAAAAUAGCAAAGAAUAACAGUACAUUUAUAAGUACAAUUUCGUCUACCAUAUUUUUUUUAUUAUACCUUUGCUGAUGUGCCAAGACUUUGAAACAAAGCUCGAUUGAAUGGAGUGAAUGAUGAACUCUCCACACGAGAUAUUUUCCUGGCGUAUCAGUAUUAAAUUUGAGUUUCCUCAUUUUCUAAAUCAUGAUCAACAAUGACAACAUCGCCAUCAUUAAUAGUUCCAUUUUUUCUCCAAUAAACUCGAAUAAGUCGAAUUCUAUAAAAACAAAUGAUACAAUCAGGAACAAUACGUUUAUAGAAAAGCUGGCUUGUUUACGUUGCAUUCGCGCCAUAUUUCCUGUAGAAUUCCUCUUUUCCCGCGAUUGGUGACAACAAAAGUAAAAAUACCCCAUUUUCAAACAACGAUUACUCGCCUGUUUCAGGGGGUUAUUUAUGUUUUAAGGUACCAAUAGAAAGAGUAACCCUUACUGAAUACAAUGAUGUGAAUUUUAUUGAAUUUCCCGAUUUAUAAACCUAAUAACCCCCUGCAUAUAUCAAAGCCGUUUUCGUGUCAUGGCACUAUACCGGGAAUAUACCCCAUUUUCAAACCGCGAUAACUCGUCGGUUGGAGGGGAUUAUUAAUGUUUUAAAGUAUCAGCUAGAACCGUGACCCUCCCCGAAUUCAAUGAUGUGAAUUUUGCUGAAUUUCCCGAUUUGAUUUAUAGAGUCAAACAGCACCGUUCGAAAGGUUGCUUCUGAUUGGCUCUCGAGCUAAGUUCGGUGGUCGUGGUGGUCGGCCAAUGAUAUUGCCAACAACUUAACUUAUUAAUUAUUGGAGUUGCAUUGUUAGAACUGACACCGAUUGAGUUUAACUAUUAUCUAUUCAGGAUGUAAUAGGGUGUUAUAAUUGACAAUAGAUAAGAUUAAGAUAAGAUAGCAUAUAACUAUAAGGUCUAUUUACAUUGUGCAUAGGGUGGCAGCAUUAUAUUGACUAUUGAGGCAUUAUACAUGGCACAUACGCAGUACACACGGUGUAUACCGCGGUGGCGGUGGUCGUCGUAAUAUACUGAGAUGUUAUACGUUGUAUAUAUACGCAGUAUACACGGUGUAUACGGUGGUGGCAGUGGUCGUGGUGGUCGUGGUGGCCGUGGUGGUCGUAAUAUACUGAGGUAUUAUACGUUGUAUAUAUACGCAUUAUACACGGUGUAUACGGUGGUGGCAGUGGUCGUGGUGGUCGUGGUGGUCGUGGUGGUCGUAAUAUACUGAGGUAUUAUACGUUGUAUAUAUACGCAGUAUACACGGUGUAUACGGUGGUGGCAGUGGUCGUGGUGGCCGUGGUGGCCGUGGUGGUCGUAAUGUAUUGAGGUAUUAUACGUUGUAUAUAUACGCAGUAUACACGGUGUAUACGGUGGUGGCAGUGGUCGUGGUGGCCGUGGUGGUCGUGGUGGGCGUGGUGGUCGUAAUGUAUUGAGGUAUUAUACGUUGUAUAUAUACGCAGUAUACACGGUGUAUGCGGUGGUGGCAGUGGUCGUGGUGGUCGUGGUGGCCGUGGUGGUCGUAAUGUAUUGAGGUAUUAUACGUUGUAUAUAUACGCAGUAUACACGGUGUAUACGGUGGUGGCAGUGGUCGUGGUGGUCGUGGUGGUCGUGGUGGCCGUGGUGGUCGUAAUAUACUGAGGUAUUAUACGUUGUAUAUAUACGCAGUAUACACGGUGUAUACGGUGGUGGCAGUGGUCGUGGUGGUCGUAAUAUACUGAGGUAUUAUACGUUGUAUAUGUACGCAGUUAACAGGGUGUAUACGGUGGUGGCAGUGGUCGUGGUGGCCGUGGUGGUCGUGGUGGUCGUAAUAUAUUGAGGCACUAUACGUUGUAUAUAUACGCAGUGGUCGUGGUGGCCAUUGAAACAAAAUAAACGCCGUUGAACUAAAAUAUUACAUACAUACACGCAUAUACUUGAUUUUCUCAUGCUGACCACAACAACCGGCUAAUUUCAAUGAGAGGCCUGAAUAUAAGCUAUUUACAAAAUAUUAUUUACAUUGCCAAAUUGCAUGGCUAGCAAGCCAGUCUCAACUCAUUUUUAUUUCAAAAUCGUUUUGAAUCAGCAAAUUUUUUAUUCACGGGGAAUAUUAUUCCAAUGUGUAUGAGGCUCCUUUCGGUUGUAAUUGAAGCACACCUCUUGCCGAAUCCGAAAUGCCGAAUUAUUUCUUCGGAAUUCGAAGAGCUAAAUCAGUUCCUUUAUUUCUGAAAUUGUAAGUUUUUUCUCUUUCCUUAUUGGAAAUAAAAACUGCUUUUAUAGUUUGGGUGCGGUGUGACCAUUUAGAAUUUUAUACAUAAAAAUAGCUUUCAAGUAAUUUCAUCUCUUGUAUAUAGAGGUUUCCAAUUUACGUUUCUAUAAUUAAGUCAGGGUAUCGAACAUCGUAUUUUGCCCCAGUAAUUACUCUUGCAGCACGACAAUAAUUUUGAUUUUUGUUAUCAAUGGUAUAUAAUUUAUGUAUACUGCAAUCAGUUAAGAUAUCGCCAUUAUUAUAUGUGGAAAGUAUUGGUGACAAAACACGAAUGCAAUAUAGCUAUAUGCAUGCACAUUGAUUUUGUUCUGACUUGCUUGCCUUUAGCAGCAAAUCCUCGGCAGUCUUUUCCGGUGCAAAUGAAGUGAUUCAAUUCAGUUGCACUUUUGCGGACAUGGCAGUACCCGAGAGCAUUGCUUGCUGUUAUAGGUCCGAACGCACAGAACAUUGCAUCGGAUACCUGGACCGGAGCACUUGCCAUAGGCAUAGAUGCAGCUACAUUUAGCACAUCUUGUAUGGAAUUUCUGAGAGUUUCACUACACACAAAGUUAUCUAAGUCCGGUUUCAAAAUAGCGACCGGAGGAGAUUUGUCACAAAACUUUACUUCAUCGAUAUGACGACAACUAAACUCGGCUAAGCGUGAUGAAUUGUGUUGAACUGAUCAGACAAUGUUCAUUGAUAAAAUCACAAAAUAUACUUGACAUGGUAUAUGUAUUCUGUGAUGAAAUAUUCUUUUGUGCAAGUCAAAAAUAGAGAAAAUGUAAAAAUCAGUCCAGUCCAACUGUCCAGUCCAGUCCAACUGUCCAGUCCAGUCCAGUCCAUGUUUUGUACUAUGCCUUUAUAUUCGAUAAAUAUAUUCAUUGUAAGUUGAACGUUAAUGGCGUAACACUGUUUAUUACAUGGUGUCAGGAGAAACUACAAUCAUGGAACAUAUGAAGCCUAUGCGUCCGUUAAAAAUGGACGGAAAUGUGGCAGAAAACUGGAGGAAAUGGAGACAACGCUGGAAUCUUUACGCGAAAGCCAGUGGAGCCAACGAAAAAGACGAAGAGAUUCAGUGUGCAAUUUUCCUUCACACAAUCGGAGAAGAAGCAUUGGAAAUCUAA